UUCUCUUUGUUACACUGGAUUAUGAAAGUAAAUCAUGAUUCUGCUCUUGAACGGAAGGAUGCAUACUUCUUUAAUGCAAUGCAAUGGAAUAUGACAUCACCAAUUUCAGAGCUUAUCAGUGACUAUAAGAAUUGCCAAAAUAUUCAAGAAGUGAGAGGUGGAUGUGUCCUUGUAUAGACCAAACCACGUGGCAACUAAUUUUGUGCCCCUUUCUCCAAAAACCGGCGUGUGUUCUCCAUGUACACAGACCUGAAACCUUCUUUUCUUCUUCUCACUGCUAAAACUUCCAUGACCACAACAACAAGAGUCCAUUAAUCCGUACAUUUUAUUUGCACCCGUUUAGAAGAAAAAGAGAAGCUAAUUCGUCGCAAACCAAAUAAACAAUUUUUUUGUAGCAGUUAAAAAAGGACCAAAGGUUAAAGCUAUUAAAAUAAAAGAAAUGGGUCAGGCAUUUCGUCGAGCAUCUGGCAGAAUUGGAACCACCAACCCGUCUCCAACUCCAAAGACCGUAAGUGACCGCCGGCCUCCGCUAAGAACCAACGAUAACGUAGAGAUCUCGAGAACAGCCGGCCAAUACAACAAUCAGGACAAUCUUGAUUCUGGUAAAGAUGGUGGCUCAAGAGUUAAUGUUGAUAAUGUCCUUGAAGAGAGAGAUCCACAAUUUGAUGCAAUGCUUAGUCAAAUGGUUGGUAGAAUUAAAACAAAACCUGGAGGCAAAGAUGAGAUGGCUGAGGCAGCUGUGGUAGAAAGGUACAAUAGGCCCAUGCCAAAGCUACGAAACACAACUCUUGAUUCCGCGAGGUAUGAGGAAAGACCUGCUCCUCCAGGGACUUUGAAUGUGGCACAGCUGCGCCAAAUCAUGCUUUUGCAUCAAGGAAAAGCUGAUGGUCAGAAUGCGCCGAUAGAUAUCCAUCAGAUUGCCGAGAAGUUUCGCCUUGAAGUUGCUCAGGUUCAGCAGAUAUUGGAGUUUGUAUCACUGCCUCCAGAGGAAAGCAACAAACAGAAAGAUUAUCAGUGAUGACAGGCUUCCAUUUGUGCAUUACUAACCUGAUAUUCCGCUGAAUAAGGGAGAGUUGAUACUGCAAUUAAAAAUUGUCACCGAGGCAGGUAGAAUUUUGUAUCCGUCGUGGACAAAGACCUCUGUGUUCGAACGUUUGUAUGAUAACCGGUUACAUUUGGUCGGGGUUUCAGUAUGUAGCAAGUGAGGUUGACUUUGUUGGUACCCAUUGAGGCGGUUCUUGUUUGAACAUAGAGUAGGGAAAUAUCUUCCCUAGAAUGAAAAUGUUAAUUUUCUGUCAUAGAAAUCAAUCAGUCAAUGCUCGUGAGCGCAGAAAUUGGCUACUGCUAGCAUCAUUUUAGAUUUAGCCGUUGUACGUUUUAGAGCAUCGACACUUUUUUGGAUAUUUCAGUACCUGAGGGGCUUCCCGAGGGAAAAUUAUGCGGUUGAAUAGAGUUCGGUCCAAAUAACUGAAUA